CUUUCUCCUCUCUCUCUCUCCUAGCAAUAUUCUCAGUUGAAGUUGCUGCUUUUCUUCCAUAUUUAUUAAUAUACACUGGGUUGGAUAGAGCUGUACUCUCAGUGUUAUGUCAAUCAAUUGUUUUAUUAAUAAUAUCACAAGCACCAAAGAGACUACUGUGGAGGUUCAGGCCAUACAUGAUCAACAGAGCUAAGAUAGGGUGCAGUGAUAAGACCUCCUCAUUCCCAGCUAGGACUGUUACUUGUGGAGUUGUGUUCACUUAUAUAUUCCAUUUAUCAUAUCUGUCACUCAAUGAUCCUACCAAUGAUGGUCUCUUCAUAUUCUAUAUGAUGAUCACUAUACUUUACGUGGUGAUACCAUUCAUCACUACUGUCAGUAGGAUACUACUGGGAGCUCACUAUCCCUCUGACUGUAUUGUUGGAGUAUUUCAGGGUAUAUUGUCUUGUGUGUUAGGAGAGUGUCUGUAUUCAGUCUUCAUGUCAUGUACUAAGAAUGUCAUUCAUGCUAAUGAGCUCAUAGCUUGGAGUUGGUCCAACAUUGAUUACACUCAUUUCAUUAUUGUGACGACGGUUGGUUUUCUCUUAGUGCUAGUUGGAAGUUCUCGUGCAUUAUCACUGUGGGUUAAACUACCUCUGAUAUCAAGUCUCUUAUUUCCUAGUCUGGUAUUUGCUAGGUUGAUGUGUGUUAGUCCCCUAGCCAGUGACAGUAUUGCUUACUAUCUGAGUCCACCAAUAGUAACAAUUGAACAUUAUAUUAUACUAACUGGUCUGUUUGGAGGAGUAAUGGUGUCUUACAAGUACCUCCAGUUUAAGAAGACUCAAAUAGUUGCCAAGGCGACCUACUACCUCAUUGCUCAUCUCUCCAUUCUUACUAUACUCAUGUUUCAUAGACUCCACCCACCGGCGGAGAAUGUGGCAAUAAAGAAUGGGAUUGGUGAUGACACUUAAUUAUUAUUAGUGAUAAUCAGUUAUUAGUUACAAGGCUUUGAAUUAUUUUUAAAAUUGAUUGUGAGACUUUUAAUAUGCAGAGUAUACUGGUGCUAUUUCUGUAGCUUUAAGUUCAUUUUUUUCAUGAUUUUUCUAUAUUCAAAA